AACACUAAGAAAUAAGGUGCAAAAUUGUUUGUAUCAGUGGAAAAUGUGUCGUUCAGUGGUGAAGAUAAUUCGGUUAACACAAUUAAAGAUGUUGUACGGCUUUAGAUACCGAGUCGCGACACAGUCAGGAACUAGCUACAAUGGCCGAAGUACAUGAUGGCACUGUGGUUGGCGAGAGGCAGCUGGGGCGACGACGUGCUGUGCCGGUCGUCUACCUCCAGGGCUCCCACUAUGAAGUCGGCUUUGAUGUCGGUCGUAUAUUUUCCUCCAUAAUAAAGGACUUCAUAGCCACGUACGCCAAUCUCCGGGACUUCGAGAAGGAGUACAAGACGGAAUUAGGGCGGGAAGCCUAUGACAAGACCCUGGAGAACAUGAAGAGACGGUACCCUUACUAUGUAAAGGAGAUGCAAGGGGUCGCUGAUGGAGCCAACGUUUCAUUUGUCCAGCUGUUCCUUCUCCAGAUGGACGACCUGAUAGGCACCAUCAAUGACAACCACGUUCCUCGCGACGACACCGGCGGCUGCAGCUCCAUUGGCGUCAUCAACAGAGAUACGAACGUUCUGGGUCACACAGAAGACGCUUUCUCGGAGACUCUGAAUCACUUCUACAUAAUGUCCGCUCACAUCAUUCCUACGCCCGAGGAUCGUGAAGAAGGGGCCGUGGAAGAACGUUUCUCAUCGCUGUGCUACGCCGGCCAUAUGCCUGGCUACACCAUGGGCUUCAACGAAAACGGUCUGGUCUUCUCCAUCAACACCCUCAGUCCAGCAGCACUGAAACCUGGGAAUACCCCUCGUACAUUCAUCACCAGAGCUUUACUAGCCGCCAAAAGCUUCAACGACGCUGAACGGAUCCUGCUCGACGAAGGACUAGGAAUCGGCAACGGUUUCUCUGUCAACAUGAUCUGGACGGAAGCGUGGGGCAACCGCCAGCUCUACAACGUGGAAGUCGCCCCGGAUUUCAAGGCAGACCGGUCUUUGCUGAAUAUACACAAAUAUGAUAAGGAGCCGCUCGUGCAUUGUAACAUCUAUAUGCGCCUCAACAUAACCGAAGUGAUAGGUCUGAUCAUAGACAGCAGCGAGUAUAGACUGAAGAAGAUCCACAGCCACGCUCCACCGCAAACCAGGCGAGACGUGGAAGACAUCCUGUCUGACUCCAGCGGGAAGGACUUCAACGUCUUCCAGGAACGCCCCGAGUCCGUCAUCAAGACCAUAGCCGCAGGUAUAUUCGACCUGGACAAGAAGACCUGGAGCAUCUACAUCAACAAACCGAAUGCCUCUGAACCAGUUGCAGUAUUACCAAUAAGGUUUAACAUCUAAGUUCAAUCCAGCCGUGUGGUUCCCGGUACCAAUAGAAAAAAGAAUAGGACCACUCCAUUUCUCCUAUGGAUGUCGUAAAAGGCGACUUAAGGAUAGGGUUAUAAACUUAAUAUUAUUUUAGGCGAUGGGCUAGCAACCUGUCACUAUUUAAAUCUCAAUUCUAUCUUAAAGCCAAAUAGCUGAACGUGGCCUAUCAGGCUUUUCAAGACUGUUGGCUCUGUCUACCCCGCAAGGGAUAAAGACGUGAUUAUAUAUAUGUAUGUAUGUUCAAUGUUCAAUCCUGUGUGAGGAGUCCAAGAUCGGUCUAUGACCACGAUCCGGGAAUGGUUACUACAUGUACAAGGUAAUAUGUGGAAUAUAGUCGCAUUAUUAUUUAAAUAAUCAGAAAUAAUAAAUUAAUUUGAUGUCUUUUUUUAAUAAUCCUAAAUUAGUAUCUAUGUAUGUGUAGUUAGUUUGUAUAGACAUUCCUACUGACAUUUUGAGAAAAUAAAAUUAAUAAAAGUUAUCGCCGAGUGGCCCUUUUCUAAAUAAACAAAUCAAAGUGACAACUUCCAGAUAUGUUAUUUUUUUUUAUCAAAAUUGGACUAGAUACUUUAUUAGUGAUGCGUGGUCUUACAUAAAAAAAUACAAAUUUAUAUAAAUUUAAUAUAAACGCGAAGCUAUUGCUGAAACAAGUAUACCUACAAAAUCAUUCCAAAGAAAAAUCAGACGUAUUUUUAUUUUAAAAUUUCAGUAAGAAUGUCAUUAGUACGUAUUUUAAGAUUAUUAAAAAAAAACCAGAAGCAAUUUAUUAUUUCUGGUUAUAUAAAUACAUAGCGGGCGGGAGAAUAUAUAUUGUAUAGCGGGAGAGGUCUGUAAGGAUCGUAGCAAGUGCAAUUCCAUAGUCUCUGUCUACCCCAAUGGGAAACAGGCGUGCUGGUAUGUAUGUAUGUAUGUAUAAAUACAUGCUUGUUUAACAAAAACCAUGCAAAUUCCCAUUAUUAUAGUUAAGUCGAUACUCCAAGAUAUUCCCACAUAGAACUCUCGCAAAUUAUAUUCCUAAUCAACCUUGGACCAUGGUCACGUACCUAUCUAUAAAAUAAGAAAUAGUUGCCUUACUUUAAUAAUUACUAUAAAAAUAUAUACAACUUAGCUAUAAAUUAUACGUAUCGAAGUAAAAUGUACUUAAAAAUAAAGAAACUAUG